UAUUGAGAGAGUACGGCUGUGAAUUGCAGUCUAACUUGUGGAUGUGCAUAUAAUUUUUCAAUAAUUGGCAUAAAGAGCUAUGCUUGCAUCUAAAUAGAUAAACUAUACAAGAUAGUAUGUAUGCUCUCAUAUAUAUGUUUCAUCAUUUUUUAAGUCUUGUUAAAAGCAUGUGUUCAGUGGCGUGCCAAACGGGAAGAGAAUCCACUUCACAAUGGAGGAUCAAAUAUCAGAGUUGGUGAAGAAAGCUGCUAAUAGUUUGAAGCUUGAUAAAUCAGUGAUUAACUUCUUCACAAUGGGAGAUCAAAUAUGGAGAGGAGAAGAAUUUGUGAAGAAAGCUGAGAAGAAACUCAAUGGUUGGGGAAUUUUUGGGUCCAAAUACUAUGACACUGCAGAUUUGCUUCAUAAAGCUCUUAAUUGCUUCAAACUCGCUAAAUCAUGGGAUAGAGUCGGAGAAGUAUAUGUCAAAUUAGCUAGUUGUCAUCUCAAGUUGGAUCGCAGACAUGAGGCUGCUCGUGCUUACAAUAGUGCUGCUCAUUACUACAAGAAGACGAAAAAAAGUUCAAUAGAGGCAAUAUCAUCUCUAGAGAAGGCAGCACACAUAUUUCUAGACAUUGGAAGGUUAAAUGCAGCCACAGGAUAUUACGAGGAAAUUGCUAAAUUAUAUGAAAACGAGAAUAAUUUGGAGCUGGCUAUGAUUUACUAUCAGAAAACAGCUGAUCUUUUCCAGAGUAUGGAUUUAACAUCAUCUGCAAAUCAGUGCAGGCAGAAAAUUGCAGAAUACUCUGCUAAAGUAGGAAAAUAUCAAAGGUCAAUUGUGAUGUUUGAGGAGAUAGCAACAUACUCCAUCAGAAACAACUUGUUGAAGUAUGGAGUUAGAGGUCAUCUUCUGAAUGCUGGUAUUUGCCAACUUUGUACAGGUAAUGUUGUUGCAAUUAACAACACAUUGGAGAGAUAUCAGAUACUGGAUCCAACAUUUUCAGGAUCGCGUGAGUUCAAGUUUCUAAUGGGUUUGGCAGUUGCUAUUGACAAGAAAGAUGUUGCAAAGUUUACUAGUUGUCUCAAAAAAUAUGAUAGCACCAUAAAGCUGGAUGAAUGGAGGACACCAGUUCUUCUAAAGAUGAAGGACGCGUUGAAGGCGAAGGAGCUAGAGUCAAUAGGACGGUUCAAUCGGUUAGAGUCAAUGGAACGGUUCAUUCAGUUAUUUUAUAUUAUACCAUGUCCGCUUAUUUUAUUUUGUAUGACCAAAAUUAGACUUUUCGAAACAAAAAAGUAUUGACACCUCUAACUAGAGGAUUAAGAAUCUUACUUGUUACUUCUUUGAGCCUGGUUGUAAAUUGCAUUGUUUAUGAUGCCA